GUACAGCGUAAGUGGUUUGACUGUUCUCACCGAUCAUGGUCUUAUUUAAAUGAAGCCUAAAGUGAAAACUCUUCAGUCAGUGCCCUUUUAUUCGUCAUCCACAAGAACCCACCUGAGAAGAAGGAACGAAGACGACGGCAAUGGCGGUCUGCGCGACGAAGCUAUUGGUCUCAGCUUUUGUUGUUGUCGGGCUUCUUCUUCUCCUCUCUGCAAGCAUCGUGCAUGGCGACGUUCAUUACCAUGAUUUCGUCCUGAAGGAGAAAAACUACACGAGGCUGUGCAGUACAAAGAGUAUGUUAGUCGUUAAUGACAGUUUUCCGGGGCCAACCAUUUAUGUGAAGAAAGGGGACACUUUGUACGUGAACGUCCACAACCAAGGUGCCUACGGCGUCACUAUCCACUGGCAUGGAGUGAACCAACCGAGAAAUCCAUGGUUCGAUGGGGCCGAGUACGUGACACAGUGUAGCAUUUCGCCAGGGACAAAUUUCACGUAUCAAGUUUUGUUUACGGAAGAGGAGGGGUCGUUGUGGUGGCACGCUCACAGCGAGUGGGCAAGAUAUAGUAUUCAUGGCUUCAUCGUCAUUCACCCCGCCGACGGAACGUCCUAUCCGUUUCCGCAGCCCGACGGCGAGAAAGAGAUGGUGCUCGCGUCUUGGUACACGGAGGACGUUUACGCGUCCAUCGCCGAGAAGCUCGCCGCAGGGUCAGACUUGCUUGUGUCGGAGGCGUACACCAUCAACGGCGAACCUGGAGAUUUCUGCGAAUGCUCCAAUGAAACUACACACAGGUGGAUGGUCGAUUAUGGCAAGACUUAUCUUCUCCGCCUACUCAAUGCUGACAUGAAUGCCGAGCUCUUCUUCGCAAUCGCAGACCACAACGUCACCGUCGUCGGAUCCGAUGCGGCAUACCUCAAGCCCUUUUCUUCGGAAAUCGUCUUCAUUAGUCCUGGACAAACUAUAGACGUCCUGGUCACGGCAAAUCAGCCUCCAGGUCGGUACUACAUUGCCGCUAGGCAAUACUACAGCAACCAGUUCAAAUUCAGUGAGUACGAUCACGCCAACGCAACAGCGAUUCUUGAGUAUAGUGGAAACUACACUGCCCCAUCGACUCCCGUCUUCCCGUCUGGUCUUCCGUCGUACACCAACUAUAAAGCUGCAACAGGCUUUGUGCAGAGUAUGAGGAACAUUAUCGAUCACGUCAAUGUUCCGAUCAAUAUAACGACUCGCAUGUACAUCACUGUGUCGCUCAACAAGUUCACGCUCGAAAUCAAUGAUACAACAGAAGAAUCUUACCCAUCUGCAAGCUUAAAUAACAUCAGCUGGUAUAAUCCUUGGACCGAUGUACUGCAAGCAUAUUACAGAAAUAUCAGCGGCUUCUACACGACCGAUUUUCCAGAAUUUCCGCCGACUUUCUUCAACUUCACCCAGCAUAAUUUGCCUCUCGACACCACAAAUGAACCAGAGAGAGGGACGAAGGUGAAGGUGCUCGAGUACAAUGAGGAGGUGGAGAUAGUGUUCCAGAACACUGACGUGGCGAACUCGUCCGAGAAUCAUCCUAUGCAUCUGCAUGGCCACAGCUUCUACGUGCUCGGCACAGGUUUCGGCAAUUAUAACAACGAGACCGACCCUCUAACGUUCAAUUUGAUCGAUCCUCCUUAUCAGAACACUGCUUCAGUACCCAAGGACGGAUGGCUUGCCAUUAGAUUCAGGGCAAGCAAUCCAGGAGUGUGGCUAUGGCACUGUCACCUGGAUAAACACCUCACUUGGGGCAUGAACUCCGUGUUCAUUGUGAAAAAUGGCGGCACCGAGGACACGAGCAUCCGAGACCCCCCGAGUUAUAUGCCUUCGUGCUAUCCUGACAGCAAACUUCGGCUCGAGGAGUUCUCCAACUCGGAUGAGAAGCUAUACUCGACUUCGAUGUGAUCCGACUCAAUACAUCUUCGAGGCAUUAGCACAGGAACUCUCUCCUCCUUGAAAUAGUUCACCGAACGCAUCAGGCGUCGGUCAUUGAUUGUGCCUUUAUGUAAGUUGAUUACUCGACUUAGUCCUAUUAUCGCCAUAAAUAACAUGUUCAGAGUUAUGGAAGACCUUGGCCUGCCUUAUAAUAAACUUGAGAUGAUUUUUGGUUCU